AGAGGAACUUGAACUGAGACAAAUCAUUGUCUUGCUUCAUCAUGACUCCAUGGACCAGGACCACCACUGAAAGAUAUGGAGUUGUUAAAUGGAAUUUCACAGCCUGUGGAGAGAAGCAGUUAUCUCUUGUGGUGGGUGAAACGGUGCACAUACAGGAGGCGUGUGACGGUUGGUAUAAGGGCUACCUGACCCGGAACAAAGAGCAAAAAGGGGCAUUUCCAGCAAACUUCGUUGACCUGAAGGAAUUUAUCAUUGAAAAAAGGAGAAAUGAAGAGGUUGUGUACUCCGCUGAGAUGCCCCUUGUUAAAGAAGUUACCACCACACUGAGAGAAUGGGGAAGCAUCUGGAAACAGCUGUUUGUGACCAAUAAGAAGGUUCGUUUUAGCCAGGUGCAGGCACUGAUGUGGGAUCUGAUGGAAUGGCGUUCCCAGCUACUGUCCGGCACGCUGCCCGGCGAUGAGUUUAAGGAACUAAAACAGAAAGUCACAUCUAAAAUCGACUAUGGGAACAAGAUACUGGAACUGGAUCUGGUAGUAAGGGAUGGUGAUGGGAAUAUACUGGACCCUGACAAUGCCAGUGUCAUCAGUCUGUUUAGGGCUCAUGAGGACGCUACGGCUAAAAUCACAGAACGCAUCAAAGAAGAACAGUCUAACGUCCAGAUGGAUCACUCUGGAGUCUCGGCACGCAUCCAGUCCUCUCCCACACACAGCCUUUACGUCUUUGUUCGCAAUUUUGUCUGUCGCAUUGGAGAAGAAUCCGAGCUUUUCAUGUCGCUGUAUGACCCCCUCAAACAAAUGAUUAUCAGUGAAAAUUAUCUAAUAAGAUGGGGAGAAAAAGGUUUUCCUAAAGAUGUGGAAAUGCUCAACAACCUGAAAGUGGUCUUUACUGAUUUGGGAAACAAAGACUUGAACAGAGAGAAGAUCUAUCUAAUAUGUCAGAUUGUACGUGUGGGGCGUAUGGACCUGAAGGAGACCAAUAAGAAGUGCACCACAGGAUUGCGCAGACCAUUUGGGGUUGCAGUGAUGGACAUUAGUGACAUCAUUAAAGGAAAGGCUGAAUGUGAUGAAGAAAAGCAGUACUUCAUUCCUUUUCAACCGGUCUCGGCUGAACACGACUUUCUUCACACCUUGUUGACAAAGGUGACCACCUCUAGAGGAGACAGUGGAGGACAGGGUUUAUGGGUGACUAUGAAGGCUCUAGUUGGUGAUAUUGUUCAGAUCCGUAAGGAAUACCCACACCUUGUGGACAGGAGCACAGUAGUGGCACGAAAACUGGGCUUUCCUGAAAUCAUUAUGCCAGGAGACAUUCGCAAUGACAUCUACCUCACUCUGCACUCUGGAGACUUCGACAAAUACAACAAAACCACACAAAAGAAUGUGGAGGUCAUCAUGCUCGUGUGUGACGAGGAGGGAAAAGUUGUGCCGAAUGCUAUCUGUUUAGGAGCUGGAGAUAAACCAGUGUCUGAAUACAGAUCCGUCAUCUACUAUCAGAUUAAACAGCCCCGUUGGAUGGAAACUUUUAAGGUGGCUAUCCCUCUUGAGGAGAUGCAGAGAAUUCACCUUCGUUUUAUGUUCCGCCAUCGAUCCUCUCAGGAAUCAAAGGAUAAGAGUGAGAAAAACUUUGCCAUGGCAUUUGUGCGCCUGAUGAAGGAGGAUGGCACUGUCCUGAAGGAUGGACCACAUGACCUGGUGGUGUUUAAGGGUGAUAGUAAGCGUAUGGAGGAAGUCAGCUCCUACCUGUCUUUACCCUCUGAGCGUACUCAUACUGAUACCCACAAGGGCUCGACGUUAUUGAGGCACAACAGCACUGCAGGAAGCCUGUCUAUCAGCUCACGGGACAGCUUUACGAUCUCCACCCUUGUCUGCUCCACCAAACUUACCCAAAAUGUGGGUUUGCUGGGACUGCUUAAAUGGAGGACUCGGCCUGAACUGCUCAGGAGCAACCUACAGGAACUUAAACUCAUUGAUGGAGAGGAAGUCGUCAAGUUUCUGCAAGACACGCUUGAUGCUCUGUUUAACAUUAUGAUGGAGCACUCUCAAACUGAUGACUAUGACAUAUUGGUCUUUGAUGCCCUGAUCUACAUCAUAGGACUGAUUGCAGACAGGAAGUUUCAGCAUUUUAACACAGUGCUGGAGGCAUACAUUAAACAGCACUUCAGUGCUACCCUAGCCUACAAAAAAUUGAUGUCAGUGUUGAAGACGUACCUGGAUGUAUCUAGUCGUGGAGAGGCAUGUGAGCCCAUUCUCCGCACCCUGAAAGCUCUUGAGUACAUCUUCAAGUUCAUCGUCCGCUCCCGCAUGCUCUACUCCCAAUUGUAUGAAGGGAAGGAACAAGGAGAGUUUGAGGACUCUCUCAAGGGUCUGUUUGAAUCCAUCAACAACUUGAUGAAGAGUGAUUACACCACCACCCUACUGCAGCAGGUGGCAGCUCUGAAGUAUUUACCUGCUGUGCUGCAAGAUAUCGAGACUGUCUUUAAUGCAAAACUGCUCAGUAAAUUGCUGUUAGAUUUCUACACCUGCAUUCCUCCAGAGAAGCUACAGAAGCACAAAGUGGCCUCUAUGACUGAAAUUGUCAGCAGCCGUCUCUUCAGAAGAAAGGAUUGUCGAGAUAUCCUUUUACCAAUGAUGCUAAAAGAGCUGAGUAUAGCAUUGGCUGAUUUUGGAGAUGGUCAUCAGGACGAGAGAAAGAACAGCGUUGAACUUCUCAACAAAAUCUUGGAUGUGCUUAGCCAUAAAGAUGUGGGAGACACAUUUAAGCACAUUCAGAAAAUUGUAACAUCACUCCUGAGGACGAUAAACCGCACCGUGAUCACCAUGGGUCGAGAACAUGCCCUUAUUUCUCGGGUGGUGGCCUGCAUGACUGCUGUACUAAGUCAGAUGGAUGAUCAACACUAUAGCAGCUACAUAGAAACUUUCAAUGGCACUAGUGACCUAGUGGACUUCUUAAUGGAAACAUUUAUGCUGUUUAAGGAUCUGAUCGGCAAACACGUAUAUCCCUCUGACUGGGUCACCAUGAUCAUGGUGCAGAACAGAGUGUUUCUCAGAGCUAUCAAUACCUACGCUGAUACCAUGAAUCACAAAUUCCUUGACAAUGACUUUGAAGUGCAGUUGUGGAAUAACUACUUUCAUUUGGCUGUGGCAUUUAUUACCCAGGAAUCUUUGCAGUUGCAGCAUUUUUCCCCCACUAAGAGAAACAAGAUUCUGGCAAAAUAUGGAGACAUGAGGAGGAAGAUUGGUUUUGCUAUCAGAGACAUGUGGUACAAGCUGGAGGUAAAUAAGAUCUGUUUUAUCCCUGGCAUGGUGGGGCCAAUACUGGAGAUGACUCUAAUUCCUGAAGAAGAACUGCGCAGAGCUACCAUACCCAUUUUCUUUGACAUGAUGCAGUGUGAACACAACCACUCUGGACACUUUAAGAAAUUUGAGAAUGAAAUCAUUCUGAAGUUGGAUCACGAGGUUGAAGGAGGGGGAGGAGAUGUGAGAUACAUGGAACUCCUUCAGACCAUUCUAUUAGAGUGUGCCCAGGAGCGGCCGAACCUUUUGAAGGAAGUCCGCAACUUUGUCUCCCUGGUGACUGGUCUUCUUGAGCGUCUCCUUGACUACCGCACCGUGAUGAGUGACGACAGCCGCAACAACCGCAUGAGCUGCACCGUCAAUCUUUUGAAUUUCUACAAGGACAUCAAUCGUGAGGAAAUGUACAUCAGGUACCUAUACAAGUUGAGGGAUCUUCAUUUGGAGAACGAGAACUACACAGAGGCAGCAUACACACUACUGCUGCAUUCCAAACUGCUUAAGUGGUCAGAUGAGCAGUGUGCUCCUCAGCUGGAUUAUCGGAGUCCCCAGUCACAGAGACAGCUUAAAGAAACACUCUAUGACACCAUCAUCAGCUACUUUGACAAGGGCAAGAUGUGGGAGGAAGCCAUUGCAUUGUGUAAAGAGCUUGCAGAGCAGUACGAGAUGGAGGUCUUCGACUAUGAACUACUUGGGCAGAGCCUGAAACAACAGGCAAAAUUCUAUGAGAAUAUCAUGAAGAUUCUUCGACCAAAACCAGACUACUUUGCUGUGGGAUACUAUGGCUGUGGCUUUCCCCAGUUCCUACGAAACAAGGUGUUCAUUCAUCGUGGGAAGGAAUACGAGCGUAGAGAGGAUUUCCAGAGCCAGCUGAUGAGCCAGUUUCCCAGCGCUGUCAGACUUAAUAUCACCACCAUGCCUGGAGACGACAUUAAGAACUCCCCCGUGCAAUACAUCCAGUGCUUUACUGUCCAGCCAGUCCUGGAAAUCCCUCCCCGUCUGAUGAACAAGCCUGUUCCUGAUCAGAUUAUCAACUUCUACAAAUCAAACUACGUCCAACGAUUUCAGUACUCUCGACCUGUGAGGAAGGGUAAGGUGGAUCCUGACAAUGAAUUUGCUUCUAUGUGGAUUGAACGCACCACUUUCUAUACUGCGUAUAAGCUGCCGGGAAUCCUGCGCUGGUUCGAGGCCACAAACAUGACUCAUACAACAGUUAGUCCACUGGAGAAUGCUAUAGAGACUAUGGGAAACACCAACGAGAAGAUCCUAACCAUGAUAAACCUGUACCAGUGCGAUGAGACUUUACCUAUAAACCCCCUUUCCAUGCUCCUCAAUGGCAUCGUAGAUCCUGCUGUCAUGGGCGGUUUUGCAAAGUAUGAAAAGGCAUUUUUCACUGAAGAGUACACGCAAGAGCAUCCGGAGGAUAAAGAAAAGCUGUUCCGCCUCAAGGAUUUAAUUGCUUGGCAGAUCCCCCUGCUUGGCCGAGGGAUCGCUCUCCACGGCAAGAGGGUGACAGAUGACCUUCGACCUUUCCAUGAGCGCAUGGAGGAGUGCUUCAAACAGCUGAAGAAAAAAGUGGAGAAAGAGUAUGGGGUCAAAGACCUGCCUGACAUGGAUGAGAGAAGGUCCACUCGACCACGCUCUGUUCUGCGCUCAGUUCGUCAAUCCAUCUGCUCAUUGGCUGGAUCGGAAUGUGGAACCCCAACUAAGGCACACCCAGACAGUGUCUCCUCUGACUCAGCAAUACCACUCACACCAACCACCCUGCCCCGCUCCAGUGGGAGCAUCAGCGUAAUUGACGAGAGUGGCAAUGAGGUGGAGGUAAAGCUAAGAAAGUCAAAAAAGAAGAAGAAGCAAGGAAGAAGCAGCAUGAUUUUUAUCAGUGAAGAGAAAGAGCGAAACAACACACUGGACCUCAAGCGGCUGUCAAAAAAGCAAGAGUUCCGCAGUGAUACAAACCUAUCAGAACCUGCUGAAGUGUCCAGCCUGGCCAGUAUUAACUCCAGAUCACUGCCUACUAUCACAGGUCUAGCUCUGACAGUAGCCAAUGGGAGCGAGGAGUCGGAGUCAUCGCGAUCAAAGCGGGACAGUAAAAGCAUGUCUGUGUGUGUACCCUCUGACCGCACUAGUGAUCGGCGCUCCAAAGGAGUAAUUAACCUGCUCUUUAAAUCUCUGAGCUCCAAGCCUGAAGAUGGAAAACCAGGAUCUGACUCUGCUGGCGAGAAAACUUCAACUCAUUUUUAAUUUACCUUCCUAAUAUAUUAUUUUGGAAAUACUGUAAUUUCUAUAUAAAAAGGAAGUUAAAUGAUCUACUUUUGUAAGACUAUCAUUAUUAUUUUUGAGCGGAACUUGUAAUAGUACUUUGUUUGUACUUUUGAGACCAAAGAAAAAUCAAUUGCAUACAUACCUACAUU